AUGUAUGUUAUUAACCUCAUUUCAUUGGAUGUCCUCAACUCACCUAAGCAGAGCUUUCGCGUUAAGUUCGUCAACGCGGAGGACAUGACUCAGAAUUGCAAAUUCGUUCGAUUCCUGGUCGACUGCGGCUCUGUGCCUAAUAAUAGACAACCGGGGUUCCUGAGUCGGAUGUGCGCUUUGCAAGAUUGGGGACCAGACGAAUACGCAUUCGCCGUGUACUUGAUCAACUUGGGUGGUCCUCUGAGGGUUAUACCGUAUUCUGCUGCUGGAAAAAGGAAUAUGAGAGGCCUUCUCGACAGAGAUGAUGAGCUGGUUGAAAUACCGGAUAUUGCGAAGAUUAUUCUGCGAAAGUCGGAGGCCGACCUCCGGAAAGCGUUGGAAUCCGGCUCUGCAAGACCCAAUGACUGUCUACAAGGCAUAUCUUCGCUGGCUCUUGCUAUUGGAUGGCCAGCUGGUGUACGAAUUCUUUUGGAAUUUGGAGCAGAUGCCACCAAAUUCGCUCUGGGUUACUCGCCGUCCAGGCCCUUCCAUGUAGAUGAUACCGACUGUGAUCUAUACUAUCAUUCGGUGGUACCUCUACUUCAAGCCGGAUGUAUACUUGAAUCACUCGCUGCUUUCUUUGUAAAUGGUGGUAGUGAAAGUGAGGAGCAAAUCCCUGACGUCCAUGCCUUUCAAAUAUCCACCGAAUUACUCACACAAGGCUUGAAGGUUGAGCCCUCACUACAAGUCCGCAGACAAGACUCUCGAUCGAUAUACCAUCAGCGUAUCGAGGACGUGGAGGCUUGGGAGGAGCUCUACAAACUUGGAUUUCGAGGUAUCGAUGCUCCGGAUGCAAAUGGCCUCACGCCCUUGAUGUAUCAACUCACCUACUUCAUCGAUUUUUCCAUCGGUGUGAGCCGUGGUAUCGAAUGCAUUAUCUGGCUAUUUGAAAAAGGGGCGGGGUUAACCAAAACUCUGCCCCGUUCUAAUGGGACGGUCGCUCACUUGGCCAGCUCGUGGGUGAUUGACGAGAUCCUACAUAUAAUCUGCAUGGACAAUUAUGACAAUUCUGGUAGAUGGCUGGGAUUGGAGGCAAGAAUUACAGCAUACAGUGAUGCUUUGUUUCUGGUCCCCUCGGUUCGUGAUCGUUGCGUCUGCGCAUGCUGUCCCAGCGGAUGUACCACUUUCUCAGUGGCACUGCGAAGUUCCGUUCGACGUUUAAGUUUUGGUAUAUUGUCGUUGAAAAAGUCGACAGAAUUGUUUCGCCAGGUCUUUCAGUUGCUUGUACAAUGGACUGAAGCCAGACCUGCAACUGGUCAUAUUAUCAUCAGGUCUCUCACAUUCAAUGCUUUGGACUUGAGGCACACAUGUUGUACAGAGAAUGACGAGAUAUAUCCGUUUCUACUCAGGCAUAUCCAAGAUCAACAAGAGGUUGCAGAUAUCCGAGAAGAAGAUCAUCAUCGGUAUCCUGAACUCGAGCGACUUGUCGAUGAAUUGGGUGGAGACUUCGACCAGCUUGGCUUGCCUAUCAUGGAGUUUUUGGACAAUCACUGGCAUGGCCGCAUGGUCGAAUAUCUCUCAAAACCUGGCUCCUACGAUGAAAAGCACAUCCAGGAGACAAUGAAGCUUGGUAUUUUCCUGGAGCCGCAUGAGAUCAACAUUCCUGAUGUUGUCUAUUACUUUGGCAGUCAGGUUGAGCAAGUCACAUCAGAUAACAACAGCUAA